UUAGUUUCAAUGUUUUUGGAAAUUUUUCGAGUUUGGAUUGGAUUCUUCUCGAUUUCGUUUAUUUUUCUUCCAAUUUACCUAGUUUUGGAUUGGAAGAAAAGAGGGACUUCCGAUGGAUUUAGUGCUGUUGUACUGAUUAUUCCGGGUAUUAUACAAUCCUUCUGGCUACGUCAUGGAUGGAUGACAAAUGAAUGGACACAUAUAAUCAUAAAUACAGUUAACUUGACAGCUCUCAGCUUCUAUAUUUCUGCAUAUGCAUAUUAUCAAUCGAAUAGGAAAAACUUGAUUGGUCAACUAAUUUCUGCUGUUAUUAUUGUGAAAUGUGCAUUUUUUUAUGUAGACUCUCAUGAUGCGGAGCACACAAACUCGGCGAUGGGAACAGUAGCAGCUGGAGCACAAAUUUUAGGUCUUGGUGGACGGGUUUAUGAAAUGAGAAGAGCCGUGAAACUUGGUACCACUGAAUACAUACCCGCAUUCAUGCAGUUUGCCGUAUCAGCUCUUAUGGCUCAGUGGUUACUUUUCGGAAUUGUUACAGGAAACCAAUUUAUUGCUAAUGCAAAUGUGGCGGGUUUGACUGCAAGUGCAAUUACAUUGUAUCUCUAUUUCAAAUAUCCACCACUCACCUGGACAGUUCCACUUUUCAAUAUUCCACCACAAAAUGCCAAGAAAGAGUAAAUUAUGGAUCAUAAUAUUAAUUAAAUAUUCAUUUGUUGGAGUAAAAAACAUUUUCAAUACAAUAAAUGUAUUUUUCACG